CUCAGGCUCUGGCACAGGGUCUGGAGGGAGAUCUCCUCGCGCUUGACCUGGAUCGACGACAGUUUGAGGGAGGCGGGAGCUAGGGGAGACAGGGCGAGAGUGCCGCGAGGCCGAUCGAGAUGCGAGGGUGCUUCGGGGUCCGAGCGGAUGUUGCGCUCGUCGGAUCGCCUUGUAACGAGGGUAAUCUUCCUCGAUCGAUUGGGGUGUCCGAUUUGGGCACGGCUGCUGCUCGCAAUGGUAGAGGAUAGUCUCAGGGCCGUCUGGGAUGUAGACGUCGAUGAGAUCCUGAGAGUUGAAUGCGUGGAUCUGGCCUUGGCAGGCAGCCACAUUGGAUGGGGGGAGGAAGGGGAGGAACCAAGGCUACGCAUCCGUGAGGACAAGUACCGCUCACUGAAGCGCAGUAGGGGUGCGCACCACCCAACCUAUGGGAAAGGAAAGUGA